AUGACAAUGCUAUUUCUUAAAAAAGGGGAACCUAAUAAUCACAAGAAUCUCGAUACUCUUCAGCAGAGUCCUAAUGCUCUUCGCCGGAAUCCCAAUAAUGUUUGUGAGUUUAGCAAUAAUGUAGAAUGCGAAAAUUUGCUUAACAUGUAUCCACAAAGUAAUUUUCUUCCAUAUGGAAAAGGAGGCAAGCUUUCGUCACCAAACGUACCAUCAAGACACACAUCGGGAGUGACCUAUCAGUUAGGCUUUUCGUCUGGUGUAUCCAGGGAUGCAUGGAGAGGUUUGUUUCAAUACAGUGCCGUCUUACUCUUAUCUUCACAAAUCUCAGCAUCAACAUGCCCUGAAACGAGUCAAACGAGUCAGAGGACGUGGGGGGCCAUUUUGUUAAGGCUGAAAAUUCCGAUGAGAAAGCUUGCAACACAAGUAUCAUCAAGAAGACAACGACGACUCAAUCGACUCGAGUGA